AUGACACUCGGAGGCGAUCACCACGAAAACGCAUCCCCAUUGCUGUGAUUCUUUGGUUUAUUGUUCGAUAAGCGUCCGCCUGCUGUGUGUGGUAUACGAGAUAUGUGUUACAGCACAAGCAUUGUGGAAAAGUGAAGUGUUACAUGAAUGAAAUACAAGCCAGACCUCAUCAAAAAGGACCAGAGCCGUGGUUAGUAUUCCCUGAACUCUUUUCUUGUGUGAAUCAUUAAGACAAAAAAAAUGAACGUCUAAGAAAAAAGAGAGACAAACGAGGAAUGUUGACCUACGGCGCAGAGGUCACCAGGCGUGGAUAAGUGGGCGCAUGUCCGCCCUUUUUGUGCACCUGACCGGGUAUGCGCGCGACUGUCCACCUCGAAAGACAGCGCCCAUGAAACUGGCUCCUUCAAGUCGUUCGAACUCCUCCUCCGCCAUGAUCGUCACCGUCGCCUUCCCGCAGAACGGCUCCGCAAGGGCGGCUGCGGCUGCGGCCAAUGGCUCCGCAGGUUAUGAUGCCGGGGCCGACGGGGCGACGCUGCGGGCGCCGGACACGCCCAACCAGGGGGGCACUUCCCUUUCUCGAAAGGAAUCGUACAAAGACCAGCGGCGCAAGUACCGGUGCGAAAAGAAGAGAGUGGCUCGGGAACUUCUUAGUACCUUGAAAGACCCAGCUGUGGUUGUGCUGGCUGACUGGCUGAAGGUGCGAGGAUCUCUCAAAGGAUGGACCAAGCUGUGGUGUGUCCUGAAGCCUGGCAUGUUGCUGUUAUACAAGAGUGCUAAGGUGAAGAGUAGCCAUUGGGUGGGCACGGUGCUGCUGAAUACAUGUGAGCUGAUCGAACGCCCUUCCAAGAAAGAUGGAUUUUGCUUCAAGCUCUUCCAUCCCCUGGAACAGUCCAUAUGGGCGACAAAAGGGCCAGAGGGGGAAACAAUGGGUGCGGUAGUACAGCCAUUCCCUUCAUCGCACCUGAUCUUCCGAGCUCCUUCCCAGGCAGCCGGGAAAUGCUGGAUGGACGCCUUGGAACUGGCUGUCCGAUGCUCGUCAAUUCUCAUCCGCUCCAUGACCUCAUCCAGUAAAGCAGAUGCUAACAAUUCUAUAACUUCCUCAACUUUAGCUGCGGACAAAUGGAAUGAGUCAGAUUAUGAGAAACAUUUUAAGGAUCAGGACAUCUCAGAUGACUCAAGUCCCGGGCAGAGUGCAGACAACAGCCCUGUCAUGACCCCACAGUCUACAUGGAGAGACUGUCUCAUUCAACUCCCUGGUACAUCUAGUGUUGAAGUCACACCUACACAUAGGGCAGCAAUGCGUGGAGCAGCACAGCGUGAUCCUUCACCAACUCCCUAUUAUCGUAAACUUGCAGCUGCUAUUCAUAUGGCAGACCAGGAGCUAAAGGGUCAUCCAUCUAAUAAAAGGGUGUCCCUUACCCCAGAGGAUGCUUACUUUGCUGAUCAGUCUCAAACCAACACACCUGAGUUGUCAGAGAACCAGAAGAAGAACUACUUUUUCAAAGCCAUUCCCAAAGUUACAGAAAAGAACGUGAAGCCUGAAAAAGAUGACCUGGAUGAUGCAAGCCACACAGAUGAGAAUGAACAUCACCGUGAGUCAGGGCAUUUUUCUGGAGCCGAUGCCAUGUCAGGAACAGAGUCAGAGUCCGAGGACGGCUCCCACAAGGGCGACGAGGAGCCGAGGGAAGACGAGGAGUAUGACAGGGAGGAUGAGAUGACUCCAACAGAAUCUCCUUACGUGCCUAAUUUUGAAGGGGAAAUGGGAGAGGCUGGAGAACAAGUAGAGGAGUUGGAGGAAGAAAACAAAUCCCUCAUUUGGUUCUUGCUGAAGCAAGUUCGGCCUGGGAUGGAUCUCUCCAAAGUGGUGCUGCCAACUUUCAUCCUGGAGCCAAGAUCCUUUUUAGACAAACUCUCAGACUAUUACUAUCAUGCAGAUCUCAUUCCCAAAGCAGUACAAGAGGACGACCCCUUUACACGAAUGAAAGAGGUUGUCAGAUGGUACCUCUCAGGAUUUUACAAGAAACCAAAGGGGCUCAAGAAGCCUUACAACCCUAUUCUUGGAGAAACUUUCCGAUGCUAUUGGAGACACCCUAAUGGUUCACGAACUUUCUAUGUUGCUGAGCAGGUAUCCCACCAUCCUCCAGUAUCAGCUGUCUAUGUUACUAAUAGACAAGAGGGAUUCUCUGUCACUGCAACUGUUUUAGCCAAAUCAAAAUUCUAUGGUAACUCCACAUCUGCCAUAUUGGACGGCAAUGUGCUCUUGACUCUCUUGCCUCGUGGAGAGGAUUAUGUCAUGAACAUGCCGUAUGCGCACUGCAAAGGAAUUCUUAUGGGAACUCUGACCAUGGAGCUAGGAGGAAAAGUUACCAUUGAGUGUGAAAAGACUGGCUACAGAACAGAGUUAGAAUUUAAACUAAGGCCCUUCCUUAGUGGUUAUGAAGCAAACAACAUGGUGAGCGGCAAGAUAAAGUUGGGCAAGGACACAUUAGCAACUUUGGAAGGAUACUGGGACGGCAAAAUUUCUUUCACUGACAAACGUAAAGGGGAGGAGGAGGUGUUGUGGCAUGCGACCCCAGAGGUGAAGAUGCAGCGGCUCCAGCGAUUCACAGUGGCUAUGGACCAGCAAGGAUCAUUUGAGUCAGAAAAAUUAUGGCAAUUAGUUUCAUUAGCCAUCAAGAAUGAUGAUCAGGUUGCAGCUACAGAAGAGAAAACCAUUUUGGAAGAGGCCCAACGCAGUGAAGCCAGAGAAAGGAAAGCAAAAUGUGAAGAGUGGGUUCCUAAGUAUUUUACGCAGGAACCAGUGAGUGGAGUUUAUGUUUACAAGCACUCAGAUCUUCGACCUUGGGACCCAAGAACAGAUCUCUUCCAGUACGAGUUCAAUUAUAUAAUAUCAACCAAGACAAGGCAUAAAGCACCAAUGAUAAGGACAGCAUCUAUUGUCAGUGUGGAUCCAAAGUGUGAGGUUGUGCGCAAGGAUGGAGUGCAGAGACUAAGAGGAGUGUUGGAACUAGCAGCAGCUGAAGAAACGAGUUCUGGUGACCAUGAUGACCUUCAGGAUAUGCCUGAGCGUCCUGCAAGCACAGUACCUCUGCCAGCCAAAAGACAGAGUCACUCAUUAUCACCCAGCAUCCUUGAAGCUCUCAAUAAGAUGUUGGUAACGCAAGAUAGUCUCAUAACAGAAAUGAAGGGUUUACGCCAAGAUGUAGAUGGUCUGCACCGCCGCCUAUCAGCCAUGGACAGUCCCAAGCAUCGGGCUGCUUUGCGCGCUUCUACUUCUCAGGAAUCCGCAAGUCCUUUAUCCACUCAGUCUUGGGCUUCGAUUCUCGUUGCUCUCAUUUUUUACUCACUGAUACAGUGGCUAGUGGAGAAGAUACGCUCAUAGCCACAGGUGCUGGGUAGAUUGUUUACUCAUCCAAAUUGUUAUAGUUUUAUGGACUUGGAGUCUUUUAUCAGUAAAGUCUCCUGUAUAGUAUUAAUUUCCCAAAGUUUUAAUAAAAAGAAGUGGAUUGGGGCAAAAUUCUUUUUAGUGACAAAUAUAAUGUAUUUUAACAUUUGUCAAAAUAUUUGACAUUAGUAUUUUCCCUCACAGGGAAUGAGUUUUUUUACACGUAAAAAGGGAAUAGGAAAAAAAGGCAAUUUUCUUGUAUAUUCAAACUCGAGACUGAAUCCUUUUACUGUGAUUAACAUUCCAUUCUCAGAUGGUCUCUCUCUCUCUCUCUCUUUCUCUCCUUUCAUGUACAUGGCUGAAAAAGAAGAUUUUUCUUUCUCUCUUUCUUUUUUUUUUUUUUUUUUUUUUUUUCAUGCCACACAACAUCUUUCUUGUUGUUUGAUCUGAUAGAGGGAAUCUUUUGUUAGAUGUUUUGCAAUUGCUGCAUUGUUUUAUGUAAAUUAUUAUUAUUAUUUUUUUUUUUUUUUACACAGUCUAUUGCAGCAUAUGACAUAGUAACAUGAUGACCUUCUUUCAACAGAUCUAGAUAAGUGUUAAGGGAUGUUUACCAUAAAGAAUUGGAUUCAUUUUGUUCCUAUUAUGCAGAUUGUUUCCAUGCCUGAUUAUUCUGCCUUUAGUUCAUGCUAUGUCUGGGUGCAUCACACAGAAUCUCAUAUACUUGUUAUGCUGUUCACUAUUACAGUCAGAGGAAGAAAAGUGCCACUAUGGGUAGUUUACCUGAUCAUGUAUUCUGUACAAAUGUUUUAAAUGCAGGUAUUAUUUAUUUAUUAUUAUCGUUAUUAUUUUCAUCUUCAUGCUGGUUACUAAAGCUCUUGUGUCUUUCCAUUUCUUUUGUUUUUGUUUUUCUCAGUUCUCUACUUGUCUAGUAUUUUUUCUUCAACUGUUUUUUCUUCUAUAUCUUCAUUUUUUCUCUUUUUUACAAUUUCUUAUUAACAUUAGUUAUGAGGAACUCUUGUUAUUUACAUACUUUCAUGUUUUGCAUUAUUCAUCAUGUUAGACAUCCUAUUGUAACAUGCAUUGUGUUAUUGUGUUAUCAGGUGCUCCUUAUAAUGCUGUCUCUGUUAUUAUCAAAGAUUGUGUGGAAUAGUUUAUGAUCUGGCGAAUGCAGUCUUGAAAACAUGAUCUGGAAUAGAUACUGUGCUUGUUAUUCAUUGGUUGGAGGUACAUACAGUACAGGUUUCAGGAAAGUUGAGCUUAUGUGUUGUGAAUAAUGCCCUGGUUGAACGUGCACUUUAGAAGUCAAAUGGGUACAAGGUUGACUCAGGUAGCAUAAGUUACUAAUAGGAAUAUAUGAUAUUUAUUAUAUCAUUCAUAUAUAGAAAUAGCAUUAUUUGGAGAGGUUCAGAUACAGAGAUGAUGGAAUGAUACAAUAUAUGUGAAAUUAGAAAAGAUGAUAUGGUGCUAAACAUGAAAUAUAACAAUUAGCAAAUAACAUAUACUAUAUGUAUAUCUCUCUCUCUCUCUCUCUCUCUCUCUCUCUCUCUCUCUCUCUCUCUCUCUCUCUCUCU